AUGGGUACAGAAGGGCGUUGGGAGCUCCUCAAUCUCAACCUUGAGGGCUUGCCCAAGCUUCUCGUCAAGUAUGUUAUUGGCGACGCUGGCUACUCUGUAUCUAUCACCGACCUUGCAAACAUAUGGAUUGAGACUCUAGCCAAUCGAGAUGUCGUACGAAAUGCAGAGGAUCAAGCUUGCAGCAUCAAUCCAGGCGAUGAUGCCGGCCAGUUACGCCUGUUACUCGAACAGAUACGCGAUGUUCUUCAUCACGAGAUUGGCACUACUGUUCACCUUGCCCUUCAGCCUCCUGACCUUCUGAAGCUUACACUGAGAGCUCCCUUGCCACCUCCUUUGCCUCCCUUCGAAUGGAUCAUGCUACUCAGCAAAGCCAUUCAGAUUGAGGUGGUUUCUGAGGUCAUUUCACCCCUGCUUCUCCUUGCUCAUCGACAGCAACAGCAGCUUAGCUUCCUGCUCGCUCAACUAAAGGACAAGGAUCAUGCCAUGUCGAGAUUGCUUGACAAGAUGGAAGCUACAAACACGGAUCUUGGCUCUGUCUUUCCAGGAGUCUCGGCUGGCAGGAACUCUCAAAGAUCUUUGAAAAGGAACCAUGUAGCCAGUCGGGUCCCAGGCCUUGCGCCCUUCCAACCUGGCUCGGAGCUGCAACACAGUGGGGGCUCACCCUCUAAUGAGGCGCUGUAUGCCGUCCUUCGUGAUGUGCCUGGUGAUAUGGCUCCCAGCUUGACUAACACUUCCAAUACAUGGUGGCAGGAUAUGCCCACGCAACAGGAAAACAUAGAAGUCAGCGUACCAAUGCCUUCGGUCCUGGAUGAUGACGAAACAGACGACGAUCUGGACUUUCAAACGAUACCAGAGCAACUGCAACGGCAGAUGCCUGCUAAUAUAUCUUCUCCGGUCCGCUCGUCCAGACGUAUCCAGAGACACAUUUCUGCUAAUGACGAUAGCACCGACGAUGGCCGAGUCGCAUCGUCUCCCCCUCCCCCUCCUGCUCUUCGCAACUUCCGUCUCGGACAGACGGAAACCCCUGCACCUGACAGCCCGAGCAAAAGCUCCAACACACAGGCAAGACGGAUAGGAGCAAUAGGUGGCAGAUCAAGCUCUCAAGCUCUACCGCCUUCCUCGCCACCUAAGCCGCCCACAGAUGUCGAACUUGGUCACAACCUGCGCUCAAGAACCAUGCUGUCACCAACUCCAUCCUCGAUGUUGCCUCCUCAGAGCCAAGUGUCUCCCUCUCGAAGACGUAGGCUUGGUGGGGUCGGACGUGGCAGCUCACAAAUCCAGCCAUCACUCAGCAGAUGGUCGUCACAAGCUCCGCCUAUACUGGAAGAAGACCAACAGGACAAUGCUGAUUCUGAGUUGGGACUCACGUCUACAGCUCGCGAGAGUCGUGAGGACACGGCUGAGGUUCGGCAGACUCGAGCAAAGCGCNAAAGCCAGCGAGGAGCAACCGAUCCCAGAAGAAACAUCGGCGGAGAGAGCCAACAGGAAGAGGCAAGAGUUGAAACAAAACGAANNAAGUCGAAAGCGUCCGUGAAGAAGAAGAGGCGGUUCUAA